UUCGUCGAAUGAUGUGACCGUGAAGACGAAGUGCUGUAAAUGGCAAGACCGAGUGGCGUUUAAAAUAUUUAAAAUCCAGACGGAAAGAACACUGAAAAAUCACCAUGAAUAUCCUGCGAGUUGAACAUUUAAUUAUUUUCCUCGCUCUAAUCAGCACUGGGUAUUGCGCUACAAGUGACAGCGUCAAUGAGACUGAAGAAACGUUUGCCGAGAACAAUGGGAAUCUCGACCUCCGACUGCCAAAAACGAUCAUUCCCGUUAGCUAUAAUAUCAUACUUACCCCAACUUUAAAAAAUGGCUUCAAAUUCGAAGGAACUACUAUGAUCACUGCUUUCGUACAAGAAGAUACCGACACCAUAAUUCUUCAUCACGGAACUAUUAAUAUCUACACACUAACUGUAACAGUUGGUGAUACGAGACUAGAACACCAGGAUCCAAAAUACGACUCUAAGACCGAAAAGAUCAGUAUUAAAUUAAAUACUACUUUGAAGAAGGGAAUGAAUAUAUCAAUCAACUUCUUCUAUGGCGGCGUACUCAGAGAAGACAUGAUUGGAUUUUAUAGAAGCUCGUAUAUUGACUCUACAGGAAACAUAAGAUGGAUCGCCGCAACACAAUUCCAGACAAAGCAUGCACGCCAUGCUUUCCCGUGCUUCGACGAACCAAGCUUCAAAGCAACUUUUAAGAUCAGGAUUUCAAGACCGACGGAAUAUAAAUGUCUGAGUAAUAUGCCACGGAAAACAACCGAACCCUCAGACCCUGGUGAAGAAUGGGACAUUUUCGAGGAAAGCAUCCCAAUGUCCACCUACCUGGUAGCUUUCGUGAUUUCAGAUUUCGAUUCUCUGAAAGAUAAAGACUUCAGUGUCUGGGCAAGACCGAACGCCAAAGAUCAAGCGGAGUAUGCUCUAAACAUUGGUCCACGUGCUCUCAAGUAUUUUUCCACUAUAUUCAAACAAGAGUAUCAAUUAUCGAAAAUGGACAUGGUGGCAGUGCCGGAUUUCUCAGCCGGGGCAAUGGAAAAUUGGGGAUUGGUCACUUAUCGGGAAAGCAGAAUGCUAUAUGACAAGGCUACGUCUUCCGAUGCUGCGAAACAGAGCGUUGCUGCGGUGAUUGUACACGAAUUGACCCAUAUGUGGUUUGGAAAUCAAAUUACACCCGAAUGGUGGAGCUAUUUGUGGCUAAGCGAGGCAUUCGCCAGGUACUUCCAAUAUUUCGCCACUGCACAGAUUGAGGAAUCAUGGAACAUGGAGGAUCAGUUUAUUGUGGACCAAUGUCAGACAGCUUUCGCAGCAGACGGUCUUGAAUCUUCUGAGCCAAUGACUCGAGACGUUGUUACUUCCUCGCAAUUAGGUGGAGUUGGGGACACUAUCACGUACAAUAAAGGAGCAAGUAUCGUACGGAUGAUGAAUCUUGUUUUUGGCAAUGCAGUUUUCGAGACAGGACUGCAAAAUUAUUUGAGGAACAACAAAGAGGCAAAAGUAGCGCGGCCAGAGAAUCUAUGGAUAGAGAUUCAAGACGAAUUAAAUCUACGAAACGAACAACUACCUACAUCAGUGGAAAAGAUUAUGUCUACGUGGACAGAGCAAUCCGGAUUUCCAGUUUUAAACGUCGCUAUUGAGAACGGUGUAGCUAAGAUACACCAGAGUCGUUUUCUAUUGAGAAAUUUAAAAUCUACACCCACAAAUUUGACAUGGUGGGUGCCCAUCACUUGGGCAAGCAAAGACAAGCCAAACUUCGAUAAAGUUGUGGUACCAUAUUGGCUGAAUAAGCAAGAAGAUACCUUUCAAUUGGGAACUGGGCCCGGAUGGGUGGUGCUAAAUGUCCAAUCGGCUGGUUUCUAUCGAGUAAAUUACGAUCGUGCUUCUUGGUAUCAUAUCAUCGAGGUCCUCGACAGUAGGAAUUAUCAGGAUAUACCAACUGCUAACAGAGCUGCCAUCAUCGAUGAUUUGUUGAAUUUGGCAAGAUCUGGUUUGCUUGACUAUGAAAUAGCUUUGGAUGGUUUACAAUAUAUCAAACGAGAAAGGAAUUAUUUGCCUUUCAAAUCGGCGUUCUCUGGAUUUACUUACCUCGACCGACGGUUCUCUGGACAUAAUAAAUUUUAUACACAGUUCAAGACAUUUGUGCUAGACCUCAUCAAAGAUGUAUAUGAGAAUCUUGGUUACGUGGAUCGUGCGGGUGACGACAGAUUAACAGUAUUAUUGAGAACUGAACUAAACAAAUGGGCUUGCAAGUAUGGCCAUCCAGGAUGUGUAGAUACCUUCACUAAAUUGUUUCAAGAAUGGAAGAAGAACCCUAGUUUGACCAUUACACCGAACCAAAGACCCACAGCAUACUGUACAGCUAUUCGGAAUGGAACGAAAGAUGAUUGGGAAUUCUUGUGGAAUCAAUAUUACAACUCAAAUUCAGCUGCUGACCAAGCAGUCAUACUACAAGCUCUUGGUUGUACUGAAGACACCAGUCUUUGGGAAAGAUACCUACUGGAUGCACUUAAGAGUUUCGAAAAAAGCAGAAUUCGCAGACAAGACAGUACCUCUGUCUUCUCCGCGAUUUCCGGUUCUGGACGUCUUGGCGCGGAGUUUAUUUUAGACUUCGUUGAGAAAUACCAUACAACAAUGAGCGAAUACUACAGUGGACCAAGUACAAUUUCCAGUAUAUUGUCGUCAGCGUCACAAGGAUUCUCCACGCAAGGAUCAAUCGACAAAUUCGAGAAAUUAAUCAAGACACACCCAACAGAGUUUAAAGACAUCUUAGACUCUCUGAACAAUUCUCUCAAAAUUGCUAAAUACGAAUUACUUUGGUUCAACAAAUACGGUGAUGCUAUAAUAUCGUGGAUAGAUAAAUCUGUGAAAUUUUCUGAAGAUUACCGAUUACCUACGAAAAUAGAACCACUUACAUAUUUCAUUCACCUAAAACCAAAAAUUAAUGCACUCAACAAUAAAUUUUCCUUCGAUGGAACAGUAAAAAUAGCAGCAAAAGUCACUGAAAGCACAAACGUAAUCGUCUUACACUCCUCGGAUCUGGUACACGAGACAAUUAUUGUUUCUGCUAACAACAAGAAUUUGACAAUCACGAAGACGGAGACCACUAAGAAAUAUGAUUUCUUGACGAUCGAACUUGAUGAGGAAUUGAAAGUUGGCGAGGCUGUGGAUAUUCAAAUAAGUUUCAGUGGCACACUAAACGAUGAGAUGCGUGGAUUUUAUAAGACGUGGUACUAUGAUGAUAAUGGUCAAAGAAGAUGGUUGGCCGCCACUCAUCUGGAGCCAGUUGGUGCCAGAAAAGUCUUCCCCUGCUUCGACGAACCCGCACUGAAGGCAAACUUUACGAUGGAAGUCGUUGUCGCAGAAGGCUACAGUGCACUUAGUAACACAGGGAUUGAGUCUAUAAUCAGACACAGUAACUAUGAGAAGACCAUCACUUUCAAAGAAACGCCUAAAAUGUCUACGUACCUCGUAGUCCUAGUUGUAUCUGAUUUCUUUGGGAUAACGGAUAGUGGAAUAUAUGGAGUUUGGGCUAGACCAAAUGCACGUUCUCAAAUGGAGUACGGUUUAUCGAUCAUGAAGCCGCUUGUGCAAUUUUACGAAAACACGCUGAAUGAUCCGUAUCAACUAAAAAAACUUGACAUGGUAGCGUUGCCAGACUUUGUAGCAGGAGCAAUGGAGAAUUGGGGUUUAUUAACAUACAAAGAAAGGAAUCUAUUAUAUUCGCCGGAAGAAUCGACUACGGCAACACAACAGAGUAUAACCACCGUUGUAUCGCACGAAAUCGCCCAUCAAUGGUUUGGAAAUAUGGUCAGUCCUGCCUGGUGGAAAUAUGUCUGGUUGAAUGAGGGUUUUGCCAGAUAUUUCGAAACAUUUGCAACCGCAUCGGUGGUAAAUUGGAAUCUCGAGUCUCAAUUUGUAGUGGACCAUGUUCAUUCGGCUCUUGAAGUAGACAGUUCGUCGUCCAGUCAUGCCAUGACACACGAUGUAUCCAGUCCAACCGAAAUUUCGGGACUAUUCGAUACAAUAUCCUACGCUAAAGCUGCUUCCGUGAUAAGAAUGAUGAGAGCAUCAUUUGGUGAUACUGUAUUCUACAAUUCCCUUCACAGAUACCUCCGAAACCGUCGGUACAGCACAGCCACACCAGAAGAUUUGUUCGAUGCGUUCAAACAAGAAAUCUCUGAUACUGGGCUUAAAAAUUUGAUUUACGAUAUUAUGAACUCGUGGACCACACAGCCAGGAUAUCCUGUAGUACACGUUAGCAUACAAGGCAAUAGUGUAAAAUUACAACAGAAAAGAUUUCUGAUCGAUAAGGAGAAGGCUAAUUCUGAUACUAGUUUGUGGUACGUUCCAAUUACUUGGACAUCUCUGUAUGAACCUGAUUUUAAUAAUACGGCACCAAAAUACUGGCUGAACACCGCAGAGGGUACCACCACGCUUCCGUCUGACGCUACGGAUUUAUUCGUAUUUAAUGUUCAACAAUCAGGCUUCUAUCGUACAAAUUACGACACAGAUUAUUGGAGACGAAUAAUUGACUUCUUGAAAAGUAAACAAUACACAAAAAUACAUGAAAUCAACCGAGCCACGAUCAUCGAUGAUUUAUGGAACUUCGGUAGAGCAGGUCACGUUGACUACGAGAUCGUGCUGUCUGCAACACAGUAUUUGGUCAAUGAAACUGAUUACAUUCCAUUGAAAGCAUUCUUCAAAGGUUUAACCUUCUUGCGCAGACAUGUUCAAGGCAGAGAUGCUGACGACGCUUACAAACAAUACGUAGCCAGAAUUGUUACCCCGAUAUAUAAUAGGAUCGGAGACACAGAUACUAAAUGGUCUAAGCACGAAUUGCGACUACUGAAAAUGCUAUUACGAAAGUGGGUAUGCCAAAUAGAUGCCGCUGACUGUAAGGCUAAUUCCUUGGACAUGUUUAAAAACUGGCAAAAUGGAGAUUCUAAAAAAAUACCGCCAAACUUCCGCAGCGCUGUGUAUUGCGAAGUUGUCAAGUUAAAUGAUUUUAGUAAAUGGAAUACUAUAUGGACGUUGUACCUGGAAUCAAAAGUGGCUUCAGACAAGUCAUUGAUUCUUCAAUCUCUAGCUUGUACUACCGAUAAAAAAUUGUUCUACCAGCUUCUUCAUACAGCCAUUGAAGACAAUGGUGUAAUUAGACGUGAGGACAGUUCUACUGUAUUUUCCAAUAUCAUAGAAGCCAGUCUAGAAGGCGUUGACUACGUAAUGGAUUUCAUUAAAGCUAAUUAUAUAGACAUAGUCGAAUACUACAGAGGACCAUCGCAAAUCCACAGUAUCGUUAAUACAUUAGCCAAGAGAGUGACCACUGAAGAACUCUUGUCAAAGUACACCGAGUUGAUCAGUUGGUUAGCGAUACAGGACCCAAUAUUUAGGAUAUCAUUGAACUCCUACCAAAGUAUCGUAGAACAAGAGCGGACCUGGGCUGAAAAGAACGUUCCAAAGAUACACGCAUGGAUAGAAACGAAUUAUCAAUCAACUAGCUACCGCCUACCAAAAACGUUCACUCCAUUGAAAUACAACAUCUAUCUUGCUCCAUACUUCGAAGAGAAAAAUUUCCAAUUCGUUGGAAAGGUUCAGAUAGAGAUGAAACGUCUUAUGAGCACGUCCCGUAUAGUUCUUAAUAGUCACGAGCUUGACGUGACGAAAGUAUCAGUUUACAAUAGUAACGGCAAUUUGAUCAAAGGUGAAGAAUUAGUAGUAAGCAAUCUUGUUACGAACAAGGAGACUCAAAUGCUUAAAAUAUUCAUGAAAGAAUUCAUAAAGAGUCAAAACAUUAUCGUUGAGAUCGAGUAUGUGGGAUAUUUAAAUGAAAAAAUGCAAGGCUUUUAUCGAAGUUAUUAUCAGAAUGAUGAUGGAACAAUACAAUAUUUGGCGACCACACAGUUCGAACCUACUUAUGCUAGGAAAGCAUUCCCCUGUUUUGAUGAACCAGCUUAUAAAGCACCCUUCAUAAUUAACAUCCAAAAGCCCGUAAACUCUGUAGCACUUAGCAAUAUGCCUAGUCUGAGGUUGACGUCAUCGGACGUUUCAGGCCAUGUAUGGGAAACAUUUCAAGAAACUGUGAAGAUGUCGUCGUAUUUAGUCGCGUUUGUCGUUUCCGAUUUCAAGCCUGUAAGAGAGGAAUCCACAGCAGUAAAUGUAUGGAGUAGACCCAAAAUGGCAGAAACUGGCGAUUUUGCACAGAUCGCUGCUCAACGAAUGCUUGACUAUUUAUCCCUGGAAACAGGCUAUAAGUACACUUUACCGAAACUGGAUUUGAUAGCAAUUCCUGACUUUUCAAUGGGUGCAAUGGAAAACUGGGGGCUUGCUACGUUUAGAGAAUAUGCGCUUCACUACGAUAAAGACGAAACGUCAGCUACAUACACUGAUUAUAUAAUAACUAUAAUAGCCCACGAAUUAUCUCACAUGUGGUUCGGAAAUUUGGUGACCUGUGAUUGGUGGGAAUACACCUGGCUCAAUGAAGGAUUUGCUGAAUAUAUGCAGUGGGUUGUCUCUAACCAAUUUCGACCUAGCCAUGAAUUCGACAAUCUCUUCGUGGUUAACGAAUUACAAAAUGCGAUGCAAAACGAUAAUUUCAAGACGUCACACCCCAUGAACCAACCUGUCAGUAAACCAUCAGAAAUAUCUAACGUUUUCGACAGCAUUGCAUACGGAAAGGCUUCCAGUGUCAUACGCAUGAUACAUCGUGCAUUCGGACCAAACAUCUUCAAGAAUGCAAUAAACCGAUAUUUAAAAAGACAUCAGUACAGUACUGCGACACCAAAAGAUCUUUGGAAUGCCUUCGAUGAAGCAAUCAACGAAACCCGAACAGUUGGGGACUGGCACGUCGGUAUGGAAGAAUUAAUGGAUAGCUGGGUUAACAAAGCCGGAUAUCCUGUUGUGACAGCAUCGUUAGACAAAAAUACAAUAACUUUAACACAGAAAUUUUUCUGUACCGAUUCAUCCAAGGUGAGCUACUGGAUACCAAUCACAGUAACAUCAUCCACUAAACCUGACUUCAUAACUACUGAAACAAAUAUAUGGAUGGGAGCAAGUCCUCAGAGCAUUUAUUUACCAAAUGCAACGGAAUGGUUCGUCGUCAAUGUUCAACAAAGCGGUUACUACCGCGUAAAUUAUGAUAACAUUUCAUGGGAACGUUUAAAAGAGGCGUUGGACAAGCCGGGUCACAGUCAAAUCCACGUAACGAACCGUGCUCAAAUCGUAGACGAUGCUCUGAACCUAGCCCGUGCUGGUUACAUUAACUAUGGUUUGGCGUUUAAUUGCAUAACUUAUUUAACCAAAGAGGUAGAUUAUCUGCCAUGGAAAGCAUUUUUCAAUGGAAUGAGUUAUAUAAUUCAACGAUUCGAAGGACAAGACGGUUAUGAACUGCUCCAAAGACAUAUUGUGCUUCUGACAUCGAAUAUGUUUGAGGAACUCGGUUACGUAGAUUCGAGGAACGAUACUCACUCGAAGCAACUGAAAAGAGAACUGAUUUUAACUUGGGCGUGCAAAAUGGGCAAUACAAGAUGCGUGGAUUUCGGAAAGGAGUGGUUCGCAGAUUUCAAGGCAAGGACUAAGAAUGGACUGUCGAACAGAAUUUCACCAAAUGCGAGGGCAGCAGUUUACAGUACAGCGAUUAGAAGUGGAACAUACGAAGACUGGGAAUUCUUGUGGCAACAUUAUCUGAAAACAGAGUUUGCUACAGAGAAGAAGAUCAUACUGGAUGCUCUUGGGUGUACGACGAAUAAAACUCUGUUGAAUAUGUACAUUUCACGUGCACUGAAUCACGAUUACACUUCCGAUAUUCGUAAACAAGAUGUCAAUGCAGUUCUAGCUUCUAUUUACGGCAGUGGACAGUUAGGAUUUAAUGUGAUGUUGGACUUCUUGAUAACAAAUUAUCAAUCCCUUUACGCAUUUUAUGGCAACUGGGGAGGUGUCGGAAGCUUGUUGUCUAAAUUAGCAUCUCGUACUUCCAAUAAAGAUCAAUUGAAAAAGAUCACUGACUUUGUGGAAUCUAAAAAGGAUAUCAUGAAAGAUAUUUCAUCUACCCUUAACGCAGCCGUAUCAGCCGCAGAAGAAAGUGUCUCGUGGUACUCGUACCACAACCAUGAAAUUAUUCGCUGGGUAAAAUGGCACCUUGCCAAUUCGAAACAAAAUAGCGGAGUUGUUCCAAACAGUUAUGGUAUAAUCUCUGUGGCAAUAAUGGCACUAAUCCCGUACAUGUUAAGUUAAUAUACACUAUAUAUUAUAGCGAAUCAUACCAAUGGAUAUAAAAUGUUAAUAUUCGAUAAAUAGUUUACAUAGAUUAAAUAUUGCUGUGUACAUUUAACAAAAUGAAAGUAUUAUAAAAUAAAGUAAUAUA